GCACCGCAGGGGGCUGUGGCUGCCCACCCCGGCGGAGACCUGUCGGCCAAAGGAGGUCUAUGCCAGUGUGGCUUCAUUCAUACAGAUGAACCAAGGAUUGGGAUAACAGUAUAAAAUUAGAAUCAGCAGCUGACUGCCCAGCAGGAUGCCAUCAACUAACCGAGCGGGUAGCCUGAAGGACCCUGAAAUUGCAGAACUCUUUUUCAAAGAAGAUCCAGAGAAGCUCUUCACAGAUCUCAGAGAAAUUGGCCAUGGAAGCUUUGGAGCAGUAUAUUUUGCACGAGAUGUGCGCACCAAUGAAGUGGUGGCCAUCAAAAAAAUGUCUUAUAGUGGGAAGCAGUCUACUGAGAAAUGGCAGGAUAUUAUUAAAGAAGUCAAGUUUCUACAAAGAAUAAAACAUCCUAACAGUAUAGAAUAUAAAGGCUGCUAUUUGCGUGAGCACACAGCAUGGCUUGUAAUGGAAUAUUGUUUAGGAUCUGCUUCAGAUUUACUAGAAGUUCACAAAAAGCCAUUACAGGAAGUGGAAAUAGCAGCAAUAACACAUGGUGCUCUCCAGGGAUUAGCCUACCUACAUUCUCAUACCAUGAUCCAUAGAGAUAUCAAAGCAGGAAAUAUCCUUCUGACAGAACCAGGCCAGGUGAAGCUUGCUGACUUUGGAUCUGCUUCCAUGGCAUCUCCUGCCAAUUCUUUUGUGGGAACGCCAUACUGGAUGGCCCCAGAAGUAAUUUUAGCCAUGGAUGAAGGACAAUAUGAUGGCAAAGUAGAUGUAUGGUCUCUUGGAAUAACAUGUAUUGAGCUAGCGGAAAGGAAACCUCCUUUAUUUAAUAUGAAUGCAAUGAGUGCCUUAUAUCACAUAGCCCAGAAUGAAUCCCCUACACUACAGUCUAAUGAAUGGUCUGAUUAUUUUCGAAACUUUGUAGAUUCUUGUCUCCAGAAAAUCCCUCAAGAUCGCCCUACAUCAGAGGAACUUUUAAAGCACAUGUUUGUUCUUCGGGAGCGCCCCGAAACAGUGUUAAUAGAUCUCAUUCAAAGGACAAAGGAUGCAGUAAGAGAGUUGGACAAUCUGCAGUAUAGAAAGAUGAAGAAACUCCUUUUCCAGGAGGCACAUAAUGGACCAGCAGUAGAAGCACAGGAAGAAGAAGAGGAACAAGAUCAUGGUGUUGGUCGGACAGGAACAGUGAAUAGUGUUGGAAGUAAUCAGUCUAUUCCCAGUAUGUCCAUCAGUGCCAGUAGCCAAAGCAGUAGUGUUAACAGUCUUCCAGAUGCCUCAGAUGACAAGAGUGAGCUAGACAUGAUGGAAGGGGACCACACAGUGAUGUCUAAUAGUUCUGUCAUCCACUUAAAGCCUGAGGAAGAAAAUUAUAGAGAAGAGGGAGAGUCUAGAACAAGAGCAACUGAUCCACAGUCUCCUCCCCAAGUAUCCCGUCACAAAUCACACUAUCGUAAUCGAGAACACUUUGCUACUAUAAGGACUGCAUCACUGGUUACAAGGCAAAUGCAAGAACAUGAACAGGACUCUGAGCUUAGAGAACAGAUGUCUGGGUAUAAGCGUAUGAGACGGCAACAUCAAAAGCAGCUGAUGACUCUGGAAAAUAAGCUAAAGGCUGAGAUGGAUGAACAUCGCCUUAGAUUAGACAAAGAUCUUGAAACUCAACGCAACAAUUUUGCUGCAGAAAUGGAGAAACUUAUCAAGAAACAUCAGGCUUCUAUGGAAAAAGAGGCUAAAGUGAUGGCCAAUGAGGAGAAAAAAUUUCAGCAACAUAUUCAGGCUCAACAGAAGAAAGAACUAAAUAGCUUUUUGGAGUCCCAAAAGAGAGAGUAUAAACUUCGAAAGGAGCAGCUUAAGGAGGAGCUGAAUGAAAACCAGAGUACUCCCAAAAAAGAAAAACAAGAGUGGUUAUCAAAGCAGAAGGAGAAUAUACAGCAUUUCCAAGCAGAAGAAGAAGCUAACCUCCUUCGACGUCAGAGACAGUACCUAGAACUGGAAUGCCGUCGCUUCAAAAGAAGAAUGCUACUUGGGCGUCAUAACUUAGAGCAAGAUCUUGUCAGGGAGGAGUUAAAUAAGAGGCAGACUCAGAAGGACUUAGAGCAUGCCAUGCUACUGCGACAACAUGAAUCCAUGCAAGAACUGGAGUUUCGACACCUCAAUACAAUUCAGAAGAUGCGCUGUGAGUUGAUCAGAUUGCAGCACCAAACUGAGCUCACUAACCAGCUGGAGUAUAACAAACGAAGAGAACGGGAACUGAGGCGAAAGCACGUCAUGGAGGUUCGGCAGCAGCCCAAGAGUCUAAAGUCUAAGGAACUCCAAAUUAAAAAGCAGUUUCAAGAUACCUGCAAAAUCCAAACCAGACAGUACAAAGCAUUAAGAAAUCACCUACUGGAAACUACACCAAAGAGUGAGCACAAAGCUGUUCUGAAGCGGCUAAAGGAGGAGCAGACCCGCAAGUUAGCUAUCUUGGCUGAGCAAUAUGAUCACAGCAUUAAUGAAAUGCUGUCCACCCAAGCUCUGCGUUUGGAUGAAGCACAGGAAGCAGAAUGCCAGGUUCUGAAGAUGCAGCUGCAGCAGGAACUGGAGCUGUUGAAUGCAUAUCAAAGCAAAAUCAAGAUGCAGGCUGAGGCACAACAUGAUCGAGAGCUUCGGGAACUUGAACAGAGGGUGUCUCUCCGCAGGGCACUCCUAGAACAAAAGAUUGAAGAAGAGAUGUUGGCCCUGCAGAAUGAACGCACCGAACGAAUACGAAGCCUGCUGGAACGGCAAGCCAGAGAAAUUGAAGCUUUUGACUCUGAAAGCAUGAGAUUAGGUUUUAGUAACAUGGUCCUUUCUAAUCUCUCCCCUGAGGCCUUCAGCCACAGCUACCCAGGAGCGUCUAGUUGGUCUCACAAUCCUACUGGGGGUCCAGGAUCUCACUGGGGUCAUCAUCCCAUGGGUGGCCCGCCACAAGCUUGGGGGCAUCCAAUGCAAGGUGGACCCCAGCCAUGGGGUCACCCCUCAGGGCCAAUGCAAGGGGUACCUCGAGGUAGCAGUAUGGGAGUCCGCAAUAGUCCCCAAGCUCUAAGGCGGACAGCUUCUGGAGGACGGACGGAGCAGGGCAUGAGCAGAAGCACGAGUGUCACUUCACAAAUAUCCAAUGGGUCACACAUGUCUUAUACAUAACUUACUAGUUGAGAGUGGCAAUUCCGCUGGAGCUGUCUGCCAAAAGAAACUGCCUACAGACAUCGUCACAGAGCCUCCUCACUUGGGUAACUAGAGUGUGGAAGCUGAGUGCAUAUGGAAUAUUUUAUUCAUUUUUGUAAAGCGUUCUUGUUUUGUGUUUACUAAUUGAGAUGUCAUAGUAUUUGGCUGCCGGUUUGUUUUUGUUUUGUUUUUUAACUUUUGGGGAAUUUUUGAAAAGGGGAGUUGAUACUAUAUACAUACGUGUGUGUGCGCGCGCGUGUGUGCGUGUGAUGCAUGAGUAAAAAUAAAUUGGCUAAAUAAGGGGGUAUAUUCUGAACACUGCAAAAAUAAAAUGCAGCAAAGUGCUUAAGUCAUCAUUCUUGGGUGUCUGUAUCCUAAGAAGCUUAUGGAAUUAUCUAAAACCUUCCACCCUAUAUCAAAUUUUUAUGAGCCACUCACAGCAGGCAGCAUAUGCUGAAACCAGUUAUUAUGAUAUACUUGCAUUCCCUCACCAAUGUAGUUUCUUUAUUAAGUUGGUCUGACUUCUCAGCCUCAUUUGGAGAAAAAGGAAAGGGAAAGCAAAUCCACGAGCACUAAAGGGUUGCAUUGACUUUUUUAGAGGGUACAAAUCAACUUAGUCCUUUUUCUGAAUACAACAUAGGUUUGUCUGUGAAUUUUUUCCAUUUGUUUGUGCCUUCUUUGUAGCAUGAAGAGGUGAGGGUGUUUAAGGAGAUCACAAGUUGUGUGGAAGUUGCAUUAAAAGCCUGUGAGAUUUUAAGCAGGGUACCAAAAGAGUGAAAAGGCCUCUUAAAGCUCAUAUACUAGGUAUAUUUAUCAGCAGAGUGAGGAAAUGGAGCCCAUAUAUUCUGCGGUCUUUUGCUUAUACUGUGAUAUCUCAUCCUACCUAAGCACCAAACUCCCAAGACCCAACACAUACUUUUACUUGGUAUAAAACAAUGAUGUAUAGCCAAAACAAAUCAAAUGCCAGAGGUACCAUACAUACUCGAGUAUAAGCUGACCUGAAUAUCAGCCCACCUAAUUUUAGCCCAAAAACUGCAUUAAAAAUGUACUGAAAAACUUGGCUUGUACAUGAGUAUAUACAGUAUUUGAAUAAUGCCAUAUUUGUAAACUGCCAUGUAUUGGAGUUCUUAUCACACUACAUAAGACAUAAUUUGAUUACCCCCUUUUGGCUUACGGGAUUUCCUGUUUAUAAGUAGAAUAGCCAAUUAUUUAACUGUUUAGUUGCCAUAGUGAACAAGGAGUCACUGAGCCGAUGACUGCCAGCUGCUGACUAACCCUUAUCACCACUGUCGAUUUUGCUGCAUGUGCAGGUCCUCUUUUGGCUUGUUUUGUUUUGUUUUGUGUUUGUUGCUGCAAUACUUUACAAACCUCUAGUUCAUCGAGACUUCACAGCCACUUGGCAUCAUGUUAACAUCACACAAUAGGAAACACCACUUCCGGAAGUCUCUUGCCUUCAUGCUAAAAUACUACUGAAAAAGAACUAGUAAGUUUGUCAAAUUUUUUUAAAAAGUAAUAAUGGUCAGGGAAUCUCGACAAAAGCUAACUACCCUCCCCCCUUAAAAAAAGAAAAAGGGAAGGUGCAUAUUUUAUUUUGUUUUACAAUGAAGGAUCGAUAUAGUGCUGAAAGUCAUGUUUCUUGGUGUUCCAUUGCCAGUGUGGAAACUUAGUUGGAAGUGGGUGGAGAGCUAUGAAUAUAACUUGAAGAGGGGGAAAUGCCCUUUCCAGUGGUGGAUCAGAGUACCUUACUUAUUACUGCCUGUCCCCAGUUGUCUUGAGGAGCCUGUGCUGCUGACCCUGGGUGGUCCUCCUCAUGUAGUCAGAAGGCUUCGAAGUAGGAUUCUCUUCAUUCCUCUCAGUAACACUGCUCCCCUUAACUCGCAGCCCAAACAGUAAUGUGUUACUGUGAAAAUCUUGAUUUCCUCAACUAAAUUAAAGUCUUUACCAGGUAUGUCAGUCCAGCCUCCAGGAACUCACCUUUAGGAAUUCCUGGCAUUCAUUUAAAGGUAAAUGAAGAAAUAAUUAGUAUUUAAUAUAAAUAGUUUGAAAAUCAAGAUCACAGAACUCACACAUUUUUUGGCAGUGCUUCAAGUAGCACUGUGCUGUAUUGUCCUUUAGCCAUUCUCCAGAUCACCAGUUCUUAAGUAAAUAUGGCAUGUCCUUGUCAUAUCUAAUAAGGGCUUUAGUUUUCUUGGUAUCUUUAUUGCAUUCAAAUAUAAUGCUUCAGAAAAACAGAGAGAUCAUAUUUGGAGGCUAAUGAUGAGUGAACUUUAGAAUAUAAUAAAAUAAUCAAAAAUAUGAAAUCGUAUACCUUUUUAUAUUCAGUCUGGCCCCUCUAAUGAUGAAGGGAUGGAAUAGCAAAUGUUUUGCAUAUAAAACUCUUUAAAAUUCCAAAUUCUACCAAAAAUCCUCAAUUCUACAUUUGGACGUCUAAUUGUAGACUUCAAAUUAGUCAGAGACUUAAAUUAAAUCAAAUUGAGUUACUGAGUUUACUUGUAAAAAUGUGAUUGGUUACCCCAAUGUCUUUCCAGUAAGACUUUGUAUCUGAUUUGUUUGGCAUCGAGUUUUUCAUGUAGGUCAAAACUAUGCCUGGAUUAUACCAUUAAGUUCAUCUUAAUUAAAAUACUUACAGUUUGCAAAAAUGAUUCAAAUUCAUUGGUGUGUGUGUGUGUGUGUGUGUGUGUGUGUGUGUGUGUGUGUGUUGCAUGAGUAAGCUCUAACUUCUGAGGAAUCGUUGGAGAGUAAAAUUUAUAAAUGUUUGAAAGGUUUUGCGAGGUCUUAAGAAAAAGGCAAGCACUUUCUUAAUGUGGAAAUGUCAACAUUUAAUUGGGUUAACACUACCUCCUUCCCAUUGCUGGUGUCCACUCAUUAUAUAUAUAUAUAUUUAAGGAAAUAAAUGUAUGAGAAAUAUGUUCGGAAUAUCAGGAAAUGGUCAAUAAUGCAUCUGAUUUACAGAACUUUGCAUUAGAAAGUUUCCUGUACCAUGGUCUCACCUUUUUUGGAGUAGCAUUAUAAAAAGGCAAAACCUCAUAUCUUGAAAUACAGGAUUCCUGAUUGGCCGACUUUCCCCAUAUGUAGUAUCUCAAAAUAUUUUCACUAUAUAUACAAUAACUGAAAAUGUGUUUAUAUUCUCACUCUUUUUUUCUUAUUUUUGUGCCUAGAGACGAAUGCUGCAUAUGAAGCCAUAAUCACAAGUGUAAUAAGCAUAUUGCAAAAAUUUUUUGAGAAGUUAAACUCUCUAGAGUAGUCAUGGUUUUCGGCUUCCUAGAUGUCAAACACAAUUCACUACACUAAAGAAAUUGCCCUUGAGACUCCCUUAAACCUAUUUUUCCUCGCCCCGUUUCAAAAAUUGAAAACUCUAUGAGUAUCUUUUUAAGACCGUAAGGUAGAUUUUAGUAACUUUUUACUUCUGUAAGUGCUAACUGUCUAGCAGUAAGAAUCUUUACAGAAUCCAUGAUGUUGGACACUGGAAUAAUACUCUUUGUUUUCACCUGUGAAAAUGACUUUAUUGUACUUGAAACACCUCCUUUGCGUUUCUCCAGUUGUGCCAUUCACUAGUGGAAAUAAAUUGUAUUAUACCAUGAUCUACUGGGUUUUUAAAAAAACUGUUAAACAUGCACAUUUUGCGUAUAGCUGUUCUCAUUUGUAUGUAUAUAGUGUAUAUACAUAUGAGUGUCUGUUUGUAUAGAUAAAUGGGUGGAUGGAACUCACACUGUACAUUUCCAUCAGGGCACUUAAGGUUCUGUUCUUUUUGUUUUAUUAUAUAUAUGUAUUUUUUAAUUCAGACCUCAGCUAGGGCUUGUUUUUCUUAAGAAUGAGUACUCUGGAUUUAUGAGAAGGUGGUCAUUAGAUGUAUUCUUUUCCCUCUGUAAUGCUCUCUGAGCACUGUGUGAGUGAAUAGAAAGUUAAGUAAAAUGUGGAACCAUAUGUCGCAAUGUAGUAAAAUUGUGCUGGGGAAGAAGCCGGUUAAUGUUUCUUUGAGUCUGUUGUGACAUAAGAAAGAUGAAUGAUGCAGAGAGAAAUGAACCACAGAAAUGUAAUGGACUUGUGGUGAUUCCUCUGCAAAAUGAUAAAAAUAACCAAUAAAUCACACCGCCUUUAUUAACUUUCUGUAUCAGUGAUGACAUUGAUCCUUUUUCCCUUUGUUCUUUCAUUAAUCCCUAUAUAUAUAUAUAUUGCACUAAGGACCAAAACAUUCAAGAUAGGAAUUAAAGUUGAAGCAUCUGUCGCUCUCCUAAAUGUAAAAUCAAUAAGAAACUGUCAGUGGAAGAGAAAGGAAUAGUACUGAUGUGUGGGACUUUCUCCAUCUUCUUGCUUGAUAAUAGUAAUUAAGACCUGUGUGCACCUUCCACUCCUUCUGAGCCACUACUAUUCAAGCAGAGGGUUAGGUCCAAACAGCACCCCUUUCUAGGAAAUUCAUUAGGGUCCUGUGUUUUGUCCCAUGCUCACAAUGUGAAGUGUCAGAUAUAUAUUCAAGCUAGAAAAUAAUAUAUUUAUGAUAUCAAAGUGUGAAUCUCUUGUAAUGAUGGAGACAGAGGUUCUCAUUUAGGAAAUAAAAGAGCCUUUUCUAAGGAGCAGAGCCAAAACUUGGGCUGUCAUCUCUGAGCUGCUUGCCAAAAUACAGAUCAUUACUGAAGAGAGGCACAUUCUCCUAUUUCCUUUUCCUCCAUCAAUGACAAUAGCAGCCCUGGUCAGGUUGUAGCAUUGCCUUUGAAAAUGCACUCACUUUCCCUUAGUUAUUAAGAACUGGAAAUUCCCCACUCUUAAGUUCCUAAAAAGAUAAAGAAUGUGUUGUACACCUAGCAGAUUCGCCUCUUGUAUGCAAGGACUACUGAUUGAAGUCUGUUUUGCUGUGUGUCUGGUUAUAUUGUCUGCACUUUUAUGAAAUCACUACAGUAGGUCUGCAUUGGCAGUGACUUAAUUUGUAAAGAAGUAAGUUGUAUUACACACUGUGUAGGGGAAAUAAGUGAAGCUGAGAACUCUUAUUUUGCAUUUAUGCUUUCUACUGAAUUCUGAUAACCCCCUUUAAAGUCCUGUUGACUAAUUUUUUUUUCUUUGUUUACAUACAUAUUUCAAAAAUUGGAGAGAACCCAUUUGGCUUCAUGGUAAUCUGAAGAUUAUAAGAAAUCUGUAAAUUUUAAUGCACCUUAUCUGCCUGUUGUGGAUCUCUUAAACUUGCACUUCCCACCCACCCAAAGAUAUUCUUUAAAGAAAAUAAAGGCAGAGAAUUAAAACUGGGGAGUCAUUUACUAUGUUAACAUCACUGCUGAAUAUUUCUCAGCAACCCAAACUCUUUGAAGUUUCAGCGAGAGAGAGAGAGAGAGAGAGAGUGUGUAUGUGUGUGUGUGUGUGUAUGUGUGUACACGCACACAAGCGUCUAUUGUGUUGUUGCAUUGUCUUUUUGUUUUUAAUAGACAAGUGAUCUUUAGAGAAAAAAGGUUAAUCCACUGUGAUCUUCCUUUGAGAACAGCAUGAUGCCCACUGGACAUACUGAUUUGAACAUCUGUAGGUAGUUGGGCAUAAAACAGUGGAGAGAAGAUGAGACCUCUGAAUGAAUGAGAAAGGGUAUGUUAAUGCCCAAGAUUCCCCCCAAAGUACGGGUACUUCAACCUGCACAGUUUCCUUUUCUCUCGUAGUUUUUUGUAAUUAUGAGUGAAAAUGAUGUAAUUAUCUGUAAAUAUGUAGCUAACAAAUUGACCUAGUUUCUGUCAUUUUCGUUUUUGUACUAAAGUCUCUAAGUCUGUGCCAGCCAGAGAGGAGUCCUGUCAUUGCCAGUUGUGUCCUGAAACCAUCCCUGGUGACAACUUUAGAAUUAAAGCUUAAAUGUUGUUAAACAGGGGGAAAUGAAGCUUAGCCUUUGAUCAGGUUUGAAAUCUUUUGAAGCUAAGUAAUUUUAUUUAAUAAAAUGAUUACAUGUCCUUGAUCAUGAAUGAGGUAGGGAGCCUUCCCUUCCCCAGUGGCCAUGUUUACAGAAGUGUGUUUUGUCUGUAAAAGUGCAAGUGUUUUAAUGUUAAUGUAAAUUAUACAGGUGAUAACAUUAUGGUCUGGAACUGUUUAUUGGGCUCUUUAGCUGAAUUUUCAAAUGAAUUAUGCUUAUUGUUGGCACACUGAUCCCAUUUCUGUGAAUUUUUUGUCUAUUUCCAGAAAUACAUAAUAUGUUCCUCUGUCAUUACUCCCACUUAAUUUCCCUUUUUUCUGAUAGGCCUGGUAGCCUAAGGUAUUAUAGAUUGGUGAACAUAGAUGAGGGAAUGCUUUUUUUUUUUUUUAAAUCAAGGAACCCUCAUAUUUAUGUUUUCAGUGCUCGUGUUAAAUGUUUUUAUGGCAACUCUGAAGUCAUUGAAGUUUAGAAAUGAGCUACCAAUUUUAAUGAAAAACGUGUACUCUUUGCUUUUGCAUGGCUUGGCAUAGUAUCAAGGUGUAUUAGGGCCACUUGAAAGAAAAGACCAGUUUAUAUGGGAACAAGUUUCUCUCGGUGGCACGUUUUGCUUUUCCUGAGCCCUCAAAUGCACUGUCCAGGCAUGGACAUUACUGUUAAAACUCUAAGUUGCACAUGGUCAUGGAGUAAAAGGAUCUAACUGCCUGACAUUUGCAGAUUCUGUCUGGUCCAUGUGACUAAUUGGCACAUACCACACAAACCUACAGGGUACUGGAUCCUUCUUCCCCUUUUUUGUCUUAGUUUGUUCAUGACGAUGUUGGCUGCCUGUAGUGCAAUGCUGGACGGUUCUGUUUGGGUGCCCAUUUGCUGCUGUCCGUCCUUGCAUUUCAUAACAUCCAAGAAACCACCACCCCUUCUCAAUGGCAUUUUAUGUGUUGAACCUUUUAUUCCAUAUUAAGUGGGAAUUGUGCCUAUGCAGAGUACUCCUCCAGUAAUUACAUGUACCCUAAAAUAUUCCAAGCCAGAGACACCAAGUGGGAAGGCAUUUCCAAGAAAAGAGCAGUUGGGGCCAGUAACUUGUCUGACAAGGUAUUUUACUCACCACAGGAUCUGGACACUUGAUGUAUGAGCCAAUUAGGAGUUGCAAGUGGUUUCCUAGAGUAAAACCCAGGUAGAGAGGGACCUGUAGAGGGGGGCUGGGGGGAAAGGAGAGAAUUGUGUUCUCAUUUUUCCUUUUAUAAUGACCCUUAUCUGCUAGGUUAGACCGAUUGAUUUUCUAAAUUUGUUUUGCUUUGGUUUUUUCAGAAACAUUUUUACAAAAGCAGUGGUCUGAUGUAAGUAACAUUUUAAGUAUAGUUCACAUAACUUCCCCCAGACUCUUCCAGUCAGAUAAUUUGUAAAUGCUUUUAAGAGGUUUUUUUUUAAAUCAUUUUAUUAGGGGCUCAAAGUUUUUUAAAUUAACACUUAUGUUGCUAAAUCCUAUUUAUGUAAGUCUGCUAAAAAUGUUAACCCGUUUUAAACUUGAGGCAAACAUUUAAAUAAUGUAUGGGUUAUUCUGAGCAAUUUUGCUUUCAGAACCUCCUUGUUUUAGUAUAUUAAAAAAAGACAGCCUAACGUGCAGUAAUGAGGUUGGAAAGACUAUGAGAAAUAUGUAUAGUGUAUAUUUUAAAACAGCUUUGCUUGUAUUGUGAAGGUUUAAAACAAACUUGAGAUUUUUAAUGUAACUAUUAACACAUUUUUAACAUAAGUUAUCCCACUGGGUUUAAGAGCAUCUUGAAUGUAUACUCCUUUAUGUAACCCAGGUUGUUUCUACUUUUACCAGUCAUCCAAACACAUUAUUUAUGUUUUUAUUUUUAUGUACUCAUUUUCCUUUGUUUUCCUCAGACAGCAUGAUUUUUUUUGCACAUGUAUUGUGGAUUUUCAAGAGAGAAAAAAAUCUUUCAUUUUCUCUGGAUUUUUGUCACUUUUUUCUUUACUAACCCUCUACCUUAAAGGCCAUAUCACUCCAUUUGCAUUCUUUAUGCAAAUGUUAGGGUUGGUUUUUAUUUUUAUUUUUGCUAUUUACCUUAAAAAAAGUGCUCAGUCAAUUGUUUUUUUUUAAUUAAAAAAAAAAGAUUAAAAAUGCUGUAACCUAUCAUAUCUGAUUAGACCAUUGAGAGAUGAAUGCACACCUGUAAUAGCCUUAGACCAGCUUUGGUGGAUAAAGGGAAUCAAGAGUUUUCUUUUUAAAGGUGGUACAUAUUACCCACAAUCUAUUUUACUUAUUCCCCCAAGUUAAGAGUUCCAGAUAAAAUGAGAGUUAUCAGCGAAUGGAUGCUAUCAUUGAGGUUCAUCAAUGAAUUUGUACAUUUCUAGUUCUUCCCUUUGGUGAAGGGAAAAGCAGUGGUUUGACAAGACCUAUAUUUGGGCUUGACUUUAUCUCCUCUUUUUUGGCAGCCUUCAUCUUCUCAUCUCCCAGAGCCCUUGAGCCUGUAUAGUUUUUAUAGUGGACAGAGGACUUGGGGUCUUUUAAAAUGAGGACUGACUUUUUGGUGAGAGAGAAUUGUGUGAACAGUAUGAAGCUCUGCCGCCUGAUGACUGUUUUUAAAUACAUAGUCCUCUCAGUUUUUAGACCAAACAACCGCCCACAGUGGAGGCAUAUUCAGGGUCGCAAUUGGGAAGAAGCCCCUCUCUGGUGGUCAACACCAACUGAGAAAGGUGACUGUACAGGUGUGCAUUUUCUCUUUGGUAGAAAUGGUCCACCGCACUAACUGGUAAGGCUUAUUGUACAGUACAUUGUCAGUAUUCUCCUGGUUCACCAUACCUUAUAGUUCAUAUAUAACCUGUAUUAAUUGUAUAGAUUGUGCAUUUAAAGCUGUUAUCAAGUUGUCAAAACAUAAAAGAGAGAAAACAUGGUCAUAUGUAAUAUUUUGUUUGUAAGUAUCCUUUGUAUCAUAACAAAGGAAAUGUUUAAAAAAAUCAACUGUAAUAAAGUAAUUUUAGUACAUAA